AUGGGAAAGUACUUGGAAAUAUACGGAAGUGAAUUCCAGGAGCAAUUUGAAAUUGCGGAUAAUCAGAUAAAACGUGCGACUGAAGAAGUUGCUCGAUUUCGGCUGUUUUCUUUGAGGAUGUGGUGGUUAUUAUUUUUAGAAAUUUUUUUGCCUCGAGGAUAUCCGAAUUCUGUGUCCUCUGAUUAUUUUGAAUAUCAAAUUUGGGAUACAAUACAAGCUUUUGCGAGUUCGGUGACAGCGGCUUUGGCAACGGAAGCUGUUCUUCGUGGUGCUGGAAUAGGAAAUGAGAAUGCGUCUGCUUUGGCGGCUACUAUUACAUGGUUACUGAAGGAUGGUUUGGGAAUGAUAUCGAGAAUAUUGUUCACAUGGUUGAAUAGCGCUUCACUUGAUGCCAACUGUAAACAGUGGCGCCUUUUCGCUGAUGUUCUUAAUGAUGUAGCCUUUUCGUUAGAUCUUAUUGCACCAGUUUUCCCUAAUUUUUUUGGCAUUAUUGUUUGUAUAUCAUCAGUAGCUCGGUCUGUUGUUGGAGUUGCCGGUGGAGCCACUCGUACGACAAUCACUCACCACCAGGCAAAAUUUAACAAUAUUGCUGAUGUAGCUGCAAAGGAUGGAUCACAGGAAACUUUAGUCAAUAUAACAGCGCUAUUUUGUAACAUGAUAAUUUUACCACUGGUCAGUGGUAAAUCCCUUCUCGUAUGGCUACUUUAUUUUUUAUUUACAAUUGUUCAUCUUUUUGCUAACUAUCGAGCUGUUACAGCGUUGCAGUUUCGUACACUCAAUCAGAGAUUAUUAUCGCUGAUUGCAAGGAAAUUCGUUGAAUCUGGUGAAAUAUAUAAUAUAUGUGAUGCGAAUCGUUUGGAACCUUUGCUACCGUUUAAUCGUGCUAGUCGUCAUUAUGGCUGUCGCAUUUCUGAAGUAUUUGCAUCAAAACAAACUAUUAGAUUUACUCAGUCUUCUUAUUUGAUUGCCUUUGAUGAACAUAAGGAUUGCGGUUAUUUAGCAGUAAAAACUGAUUUUGACCGACGAUUGGAACUUGAAGCUGCAUUUCAAUUGGAAUUCAUUAGCUGUAUUGGCAAGUAA